AUGACGAGACCCCACCAACUGCCUGCCAUGGAAGGCUUUGCGCCCGGAGCACAUGGCUCUGAUGCUCCCAGCCGUGCGAAUAAAUUGCACAAGGCAGAGCAUCGACGAUGGAACAGCGAUCCAGAGAAGAAAAUAGCGCAGAUCAAGCCGUUUGCAUACGAGUAUAAAUUCGAAGAUGGACGGUUGGCAGGACUGGCAGAAUAUCACCCAGACGAUUACAUGCACUACAGUUCCUCGCGGAAUCCCUCAACAGCAGCCUCGAGGAAUCAAUCGUCACGGACAUCGAGAGAAGACAUGCGAUCUCGGUCUUCAAAUGACAAUAGAAAGUCUUCGUCGUCCACCCAGACUUCGAACACAUAUCAGACUCCUCCCCCCUCUCCUGGAAGGAUCGAUGGCCUGAAACGCGCUCUAACCCUGCAUAGCUUAAAAAGAAGAGCAAGUACAGAAGUGAAGAAGACUCCACCGCCGUCACCAUACUCACCGCGGCCUGAGAUCGAGCGGCUGGCGGCUUCAUUCGGUCGGAAUGGGCCUCAACACAUUACAUCACCAAUUCCUAGUUUGCCUAAGCCGAAGCCAGUAGGCAUGUUUGAACACCCGAGAACGGCGCCUCAGCCGCCAUCGAAGGACGGAGAGUCGCGACACGUAGCAGCUCCAAAGUCAUAUACCACCCUCCACAGGAAGAACUCGAGCCAUGAUGGGGUAUUGGCGGUAAGGACACCGUCUACAUCCCCUCGCUUGCCAGAAACCAGCGGCUUCCUGGUCUCCAGGAGGAGCACAAAGAGCGUCCCAGCGCAAAAGGUAGCUGACCCUUUGAUCGAGGAGAGACCAGCGCCUCCGCUAUUGCGACGCAAAACAUCAAAGUUCAUUGAGCAUAUCAAAAAGACGGAGAAGAAUCUGGCUGGGCCUGCGGAAGGAAGGGCAGAAGAGAUUCCACCAGUACCGCCUAUGAUCUUGCGUGCGUCCGAGCUCAUUUUGCCUAUCCAGGGUGCCGAAGAACUCUCGUCCACCGAGGCAAGGCCUCCACGGUCCCCAAAGUCCCCAACGGUAAGAUUCGCCUCUGCCACUCCAAGCCCCACGGCAGGAGCAUUUCAGCCGGGAAUUACGAGCAGGGCACCGACCUCGAUAAUGAAGCCGACAUCGCCAAACGCGGAUAGGGAAAUCCUGCAGACGUCGACGGGGCUCAGACGCUCGGCGACAAUGAAAGCACUUCCACCGAUCCCGACGCAAGUGGUUCGGCGCUCAAUGUCCACGAGAAACCCGUCUUCCAUUGUUCCGUCUCCAAUCACGAUGGACCUGUGCAUGGCUGAGGUUAAACCAGUGGCUUACCAACGCAUUGUGGCACAAGGUCACGCUCGUAUGGUAUCCUGCUGA